AUGGAAACUCCACUGAUUCUGGUUGAAGAGAAAAAGACGUGGUGGAACGCUCUGAAAUACUGCAGGGACAAUCGGAUGGACCUGGUCUCUGUUCACAAUGAAACAGUUCAGCGCUUGGUGGAGAAUGUUACUAGAACUGUCUCCACUCCCUUUGUGUGGUUGGGCCUGCGUCACACCUGUGCUCAGGACUUCUGGUUCUGGGUCAUUGGAUCUACCGUCUGCUACCAGAACUGGGCCCCGGGGAACGGUACGAGGGUGGAGGACUGCAGCGCGGGUGAGAGGUCAGGAGCGGUGCAGCCCGGGAGUAAGCAGUGGGUCAGUCUGCCAGAGACUCAUGAGCUCUACUUCAUCUGUACCCCCUUUACCUAG